AGCGCGGUCAAUGUCAAAUUAUCAUCAGAUCAACGAGAGCACUUGGGGCGAUCGAAAGCAUCAUGGGUGCCACGUCCGAUCAUCAUGUUGCCCUGUUUUUCUUCUACACCUUGGCACUUUUGGCCUUUGCAGAGGGGACAGAGACAACCUGUAGCUCAUGCAAAGGCCAAGACUGUUUGCAGCUGGAAAAAGCCCUGAAGAAGAGCGAAUAUCUCAUUACGGAAAUCAAAGAUAUCAUGAUAGAGAAGGAGUCGGAAAAUAGGCUUGUCAGGAAACAAAUUGUCGACUCCAACACCGCCACUGCCAAGGCGAUAGAAAAACUUACGCAGAGAUUGGGACUAGUAGAGGCGAGUUCGAAAACGUUGGCCAAUGGUGUCGCUGCACUCAACUCAAGAUCUGACGAAUUCAGCGAAGAACUUAAAACUGUGACCGAGGUUUUGAACUCAACGAGUAGCCUAAGAUCAGAAAAGGAGGCGCAGGAAUGCGAUGUGUUGGCAGAAGAACUGGCAAAAGCAAAAUCCGACUUUGAAUUGCAGCUGAACGAGACAAAACGCCUUCACGAAAUGGAAACUUUGAAAUAUAAUAAGCUGAAGGCACAUAUUGGUGCAAUAGCUGGCGGCCCAGCAAACAUGCUUUUUGCAAAUGGAGUUUGGUACCAUUUUGAGAAUACUUUGUUGACGUGGAGAGAGGCUAAAUCGUUUUGCGAAAGCCGCGGCAUGAUUUUGCCUGACGCGAAAACUGGUCCCGAACUGGCGGCGGUUUGGGCCAAAGCUAAAGACAUGAACGGCGGAAAUGGUUGGUGGAUCCACGCUACGGACGAAGGUCGGUCCAGGGGAAGUUACCUGUGGAGCGACGGUAGCGCUGUGGAUGUGAAUCCGAAAAACGGCUUGUGGUAUUCUGGGCAUCCUUACAAUUAUGCAGGCUCUCCUGGUGCUCAAUGCUUGUGUUUCUUUUACAACACAAAGUAUGUUCUACUUUGUUCAGCAAAAAAGCCUUUUAUCUGUGCAGUUCCCCUUUAAAUAAAAAAUAUUUUUGUGGCUCCUCUGGAUAUGCAUAACGGCUGCACAUUAAUUUAAUUAUUGCAAGCUCACGUGAUUUUUAAAAUUCUCAUUUUGUGAAAAGCUAAUAAAAUAUAUAAUAUAUUAGAGCAAGGGAA